AUGGCCUUCUACGAAGAUGAAACUGGCACCGUUCAGGUCGGCGCGCUCAGUGGCUCUACCAAGAACGAUCUGUAUCGAUUUGGCAUUCCCAUGAUGGUCUUGACUACCCUGGCUGUCGCUUUGCGUGUAUAUGUCCGUGGCUACAUGACAAAGACUUUUGGAGUUGCAGAUUGGCUCAUCAUUCCUGCAUAUCGCUAUGUCGUCUUUGGCGCCGUCUCUAUCUUCUCCUUGUACCACCUCGCUUUCAUGUUCAUCAGCACUUUCCAAUGCGGUGUGCCAACCGUCUCGAACCUCGUCAAGGCAAGGACCGAUGGACAAUGUAUCGACUGGAUUCAUAUCGUCAAACCCCUGCUUUGA